AUAUCACCAUGCGCCUCUCGAUCGUAUUCGGUCUCGCCAUCCUCGGCUGCCUCCUCUUCAUCCAGGAGGGCAGUGGAGACUCCACAAGCACCACGGAGGCGGCCACAACCACGACCACUUCCACUGCCACCACCACUACGGAUUCGUCUGCCACCACCACCACCACCGCCGCCACCUCCACCACCACCACCGCGUCCUCCUCUUCGUCCUCCUCCUCGGCGGCGGCCAGGAGGCGCAGGCGUGCUCGCCGCCGUCGACUGGCCCGCGAGCGCCAGCGCCGCGAGCGCAGGAGGCAGCGCAGGAAUGAGAGGCUGCGCCUGCAACUGGAGAACCAGCGCCGCCUGAUCAAGCGGCUGCGCGGAUAGGUGGAGCGGAUUCAGGACGCUUGGGAAACGCCCUUCAGAGCUGCGAAGCACCGUCCAAUUAAAGAAAUUGAAAAUA